GGGCGCCGGAGAACGUUCGUCGCGGGGGCGACUCCGGGGCCUGAUCGAGCGCCGCCGCCACCUCAGCCGCCCGGGCCGGGCCGGAGGAGGCGGAGGAGGCUGAGGCCGCCCGAGACCUUCUCGACGUCCCGCAGCUCCGGCCGGGAAGAUGAUUGAGGAAAGCGGGAACAAGCGGAAGACGAUGGCAGAGAAGAGGCAGCUCUUCAUAGAGAUGCGUGCUCAGAAUUUUGAUGUUAUACGACUGUCAACUUAUAGAACAGCUUGCAAAUUACGAUUCGUACAAAAGCGAUGCAACCUCCAUCUUGUUGAUAUCUGGAACAUGAUUGAAGCCUUCCGAGACAAUGGCCUUAAUACACUGGAUCAUACCACUGAGAUCAGUGUGUCCCGCCUCGAAACCGUCAUCUCGUCUGUCUACUAUCAGCUGAAUAAGCGCCUUCCUUCUACUCACCAAAUCAGCGUGGAACAGUCCAUCAGCCUCCUCCUCAACUUCAUGAUUGCUGCAUAAGACAGUGAGGGCCGAGGCAAGUUGACCGUAUUUUCAGUUAAAGCUAUGUUAGCAACCAUGUGUGGUGGAAAAAUGCUGGACAAAUUGAGAUAUGUUUUCUCCCAGAUGUCAGAUUCCGGUGGCUUAAUGAUAUUUAGCAAGUUUGACCAGUUUCUGAAGGAAGUUCUGAAGCUCCCAACAGCUGUCUUUGAAGGGCCAUCUUUUGGUUACACAGAGCACUCAGUCCGCACCUGUUUUCCACAGCAGAAAAAGAUAAUGCUAAAUAUGUUUUUAGACACAAUGAUGGCCGAUCCUCCCCCCCAGUGCCUUGUCUGGCUACCUCUCAUGCACAGGCUUGCCCAUGUUGAGAAUGUCUUCCAUCCCGUUGAGUGCUCCUACUGCCGCUGUGAGAGUAUGAUGGGUUUCCGGUACCGGUGCCAGCAGUGCCACAACUACCAGCUCUGCCAAAACUGCUUUUGGCGUGGCCACGCCAGCGGCCCUCACAGCAACCAGCACCAGAUGAAGGAGCAUUCCUCUUGGAAAUCCCCUGCAAAGAAACUGAGCCACGCAAUUAGUAAAUCUUUGGGGUGUGUACCCACCAGAGAGCCUCCGCAUCCUGUUUUUCCUGAGCAACCAGAGAAACCACUUGACCUUGCAAAUAUAGUUCCUCCUCGUCCUCUGGCUAACAUGAACGACACCAUGGUGAGCCACCUGUCCUCUGGGGUGCCCACCCCCACCAAGAGGUUACAGUAUAGCCAGGACACACCCAGUCACUUGGCCGAUGAGCAUGCGCUGAUAGCCUCCUAUGUGGCCCGUCUGCAGCACUGUGCACGUGUCCUGGACAGUCCUAGCCGACUGGAUGAGGAACACCGGCUUAUAGCACGCUAUGCUGCCCGGCUGGCUGCGGAAGCAGGAAACAUGACUCGUCCUCCCACUGACCUGAGCUUUAACUUUGAUGCCAACAAACAACAAAGACAGCUUAUUGCAGAACUGGAAAACAAAAACAGGGAGAUCCUUCAGGAGAUUCAGCGUCUCCGCCUGGAGCAUGAGCAGGCUUCCCAGCCCACCCCCGAGAAGGCCCAGCAGAACCCCACGUUGCUGGCAGAGCUGCGGCUGCUGAGGCAAAGGAAAGAUGAGCUGGAGCAGAGGAUGUCGGCGCUGCAGGAGAGCAGGCGCGAGCUGAUGGUUCAGCUGGAAGGGCUGAUGAAGCUGCUGAAGGAGGAAGAGCAAAAGCAGGCAGCUCAGGCCACAGGAUCACCACACACGUCCCCCACGCACGGAGGCGGCCGCCCAAUGCCCAUGCCUGUCCGCUCAACGUCUGCUGGCUCCACCCCCACCCACUGUCCACAGGACCCCCUGAGCGGAGUUGGGGGAGACAUGCAGGAGGCCUUCGCACAAGGUACGAGGAGAAACCUCCGCAGUGACCUGCUGGUGGCCGCUGAUUCCAUCACCAACACCAUGUCAUCCCUGGUGAAGGAGCUCCACUCAGCAGAGGAAGGUGCAGAGGAAGAAGAAGAGAAGAUGCAGAAUGGGAAAGACAGAGGUUAGCAGAGGAGCCAGGACAGAGAGGAAGCGCGGGCACAGGGCACAUGUAGCGAGCUGGCGUUGACGUGAGGAAGGCGAGGUCCUCCCCCAGAGGCGCAUUCCUGUCCAUCUUUCGGCUGCACACCUGGACCAGGCCUGCAGGCUGCCAGACGUCACUGCCUGGCAGGGAGAGGGGAGCGUGAGCCGGUGGGAAAUGGGAGGGACUGCCUGAUGCCGCUGCCGCCGGUGGGCCUCCCCCUUGCACAGUCCUGCAUGAACUAGCAUCUUCCUCACUUCCCUCGGGCCACGGUCUCAUCUCUGCAACAGGAAUUUACCGGGAGGUUGAAAAGAGAAAAGAAACAGCACGAAUCUCCUG